CUUGGGGCCUGGCCCAGCCCGAGCAGCCUGGCUGUGUGCGGAGUGGCCCAGCUGCAGUCCCCAAGGCCCUGGUGUCCCAGAUCGGCUGUCAGCUAUGGUGUCUGCGACUGCUGCCACUGCAAACAACUCUGACGGCUGCAGCAUGGAGAGGGGCGUCCUGUCACAGGUGGCAACCAGCGUCUCCAUCUACCUCAUCCUGGUGCUGGGCCUGCUGCUCAACGGCCUGGCGCUCUGGGUCUUCUGCUGCCGCCUGCGCAGGUGGACGGAGACCCGCGUGUACAUGGUCAACCUGGUGGCGGCCGACGGGCUGCUGCUGCUGAGCCUCCCGGGGGUACUGCACACGCUGGGCCCGACGUCGGCAUCGGGGACCCAGGAGGGUGCCCUGUGCAGGGUCUUGCAGAGUUUCUACUACAUCAACACCUACAUGAGCAUGUGGCUGCUCACGGCCAUCGCUGCCGACCGCUAUGCCGCCCUGCGCUUCCCCCUGCGGGCCCGGGCCUGGCGCGGCCCCCGCCAGGCCGCCCUCACCUGCGCGGCCCUCUGGCUGCUGGUGAUCGGGGCCGUGGCCCUGCCAGCGGCCUGGCUGCGCCCAGGGGAGAGCUUCUGCUUUGGGCGGGGCCGCACACGGGGCCCCAGGGCCCUGCUUCUCUCCCUGGUGCUCUUCGUCCUCCCCCUGCUCAUCCUGAGCUUCUGCUCGGCCCAGGUACUCCGGUGUCUCCUCCGGGAGUGGACUCGGGCCCCGCCCCAGGCCGCUGCCCAGGUCCUCAAGGCCCUCUGUGUGGUGGCGGCCAACCUGGCCACCUUCGUGCUCUGCUUCCUGCCGCUGCACGUGGCCUUGCUGGCCAAGCUCAUGGCCCAGUGGACAGAUGCAGACUGCCCCACGGUCCAGAAGGUGGCCACCUUCGUGCAGGUCAGCUCCCGAAUUGCCAACGCCAACUGCUGCCUGGACGCCAUCUGCUACUAUUUUGUGGCCACAGAGUUCCAGGAGGAGGUGGGGGCCAUCCUCACUAGGCCUUGGUCUUUCCGCGGAGCAGCACCGGAGGGGCCCCACACACAGCGCUGCAGCACGCUGCCCGUGCCCUGGGGGGUACCCGGUCCCCCCAGGGCUGCUCUCUCCCCUCCUCCACCAUGCCCACAAGGAACAGCCUCGCUGAGCGCAGUGUGACUUUGGUGCUGUCUCUGAGGAUUUACGGGUCCUGGGGGUGAGGGCUUCCCCUCUGCAAGCAGACUCUAACCCCCCAAUUAAAGGGUUGCCACCACAUGGAUCUUUUUUCUCAAAGCUCUGCCUCAGUCACAGCUAGCCUCUCAGGUGCUCCUUCACCUUGUCAGUGUGUAA